AUGUCAACCACUGUGAAUUUCAACAGGUACAAUGAGCAGCACGGGAACUUGUACGACACACAGAGCGAGUCCUGCCACACAUCCGAACCGCAGUUUCCCAUCUUGUCCUCUCUGAAGCCGUACUACUGUCAGGAGUACCUUUCUCACGAGGAGGAAACCCCCGCCAUUAGCCAGUUUGUACAGCAGCAUUUGGAUAAUCAGACCCAAGACAAAACUUUUGAUGAGCCAGAUUCCAUCAACCCAGUAUCUACGGACUAUACCCCUCCUCGGGAAGGACAUGGGGUUAGCUAUGCUUGUCUGCAGCCGAUGGGAACACAGACACGAUUGGGAGAUCCCCCUUAUUCAUUGACGUACAGCCAGAACGAUAAUUAUUGUUAUGAAGUGGAGCCGAUUCAUUACUACAGCAAUCCCAUGUACAGCCAGUCCUCUCAGAACCAAUCUCCAUCCUCCCCGCUCCACAUGUCUCCCUCCAGCUCUGAGGUAGCCUUGACUCCUAUACAAUCCCCUACAGCCAUCCAGCCGAGCUCAUUUAGUCCCUGCAUCUACUUAUGUAACAGGGACUUAUGGAUCAAAUUCCAUCAACACAUGACCGAAAUGAUCAUCACUAAACAAGGAAGGAGAAUGUUUCCGACACUACAGUUCAGUCUGAAUGGCCUUGACCCCCACAAACAGUACAACGUAUUUGUGGAUAUGAUACUAGCGGAUCCCCAUCACUGGAAGUUUCAGAAUGGCAAGUGGGUCCCGUGCGGACAAGCAGAACAACUUCCUCAAAAUGGACGUGUUUAUCUACACCCGGACUCGCCCAGCGCCGGAGCGCAUUGGAUGAAACAGGAUAUUGUGUUUGGGAAGCUGAAAUUGACCAAUAACAGGGCAGUGGACCAAGGACAGGUCAGCCAGAUUGUUUUGAACUCCAUGCAUAAGUAUCAGCCAAGAAUCCACGUAAUUGAGGUAGGAUCACACGGCCCCAACGAACAGAAGAGUCUCCAGACGCAUGCGUUUCCGGAAACGCAGUUCAUUGCUGUUACUGCUUACCAAAAUACUGACAUAACACAGUUGAAAAUAGACCACAAUCCUUUUGCCAAAGGUUUCCGUGACAACUAUGAUGGGCGACAUAUUGACACCUCGAACCAUUCAAACCAGAACUACAUGCCAUACUCUCAACAGAGUCUGUUUCCUACAAAUGUCACUUUCAACAGAACAACAGCAACGUCUAGAGGCAUGACAUAUCCCCCACAAAUGGUUACACAAUAUCUAACAAAUGCUAUACAGGAAAACAUCAUUCCCAGCAUUCAUAACGGUUCCGGCAUGGGGGAGAUAAAACAGGUGGAGGAUGGCUGCUAUUCGAACAGCUAUAACUUCGGAACACACAUGAUGAUACCAGAUACCAUCAAUGUACAAGCGGGUCAGGAAAAAAGCAUCAUCAAAAAGGAAUUGAAUACGUCAGAGUGUGAUCAGGCAGUUUGCGUCACCUCCGAAAAUUACAUGAAAAGAGCUCUGGAACAAAUGUUCGAAUAUCCUCAAGAUACUAACAACGAAAUUGAACAACCACAGAAAAGGUCAAAAAUGUCGGCAAACAAAGCUUCAUCAGAUUUAUUUGGAAAACUAACAAACGAAGUGAAAGCGGAGCAGGGGAAUGAAGAAAAUGAGCCCGAAAUAAGCGUCGAAUACACAUAUCUAAGUAACAGUAAAAAGCAAAUACUGGAUCACUCCGUGUUUCAGGGACAACAGACCUCCGUGUAUUGAGCUCAUCAACUGUUAUGUGCUAGCUGGUUCAUGCAUUGUUUAUGAAUUGUAAGGAUUACACUUUUUGUUGUAAUGCAUUCUUUGGUUUUAUGUCUUUUGAUUUUGUUGAGAAGUUGUUUUGCAAAAUAAAUUUUUUUUUUUCAAAAUCCUAAGUGCUGUUGAAGCUUAGUUCCCCUGAGGUUAUAGCUCAGGUGAACUUUCUGAUUGAAGUUUGUUUAUCCUCUUUAAAUGUAAACAUCUUCAUUUACUUCUCAAAAUAUAAGCCCAACCGCCAUCAAAA